AACAAUGAUAAAAUAAGAAAAUGCAUGUGUUUUAACGCAAGCGACUCGUGACGGCCUUCGAACUUCCAACAGUGACUCUCAAACUAUCCUCGAUUUCUUAAAUAAUCAGCUGUAAAUUGUUUACUGUAAUUAAGACACUACUAAUAUGAGAAAUACUCAAGACAGAAUUUGUUGUUUAGACGAAGAGAUCUGUAGAGCAUAUUUAUAUGCCCAAAACAAAACUGACAUUGUCCAAUUAUAAUCUCAACAUUAAGAAAUGAGAAAAAAUAUAAACAAUUCGUCAUAGCAAAACUUUUGCGUGAACUUAAUAAUCUAGUCGACGAACGUUGUAAAUGCGGCAAGACGAGACUGGAGAUAAAAUUUCGACGAUUAUUAACGUUUUAACGAUAUUAAAAGGAGUCAAAAUGACAAUUAACUUUGGAAUAAUGAUACUAUAUAAAGAGGAUGCACCCAACGUUAAUGAAGAUAUAUUUAUUGAAGAUGUGAUAAUAACUACUAAUGCCCAAAUAUCUGAUGUAAUAAAGGCAAAUCCAGUAAAGAGUGAUAUAAUGAAAAAAUUACUUUUUGCAUGCAACAAAAAUAAAAAUGACGCUAUUCUCAUUAUCGGUAAUAUUGAGCCUGCAGAGAGACAUAUUGUAACUGAAGCAAUUAAAAAUGUUAUUGAUAACAAAGAAAAACUUUCUGAAUACAUGGCAAACUCGAUAUUAAACAUAGAAACGAGACUGAACGAGAUUAUGCCACAUAAAACUUUAUGUGGAGUACAAAAUCAGAUUCUAAUCGUUGAUUUGUCUGGCCCCUACAAAAAUCCAGAAGUAUGUUUCAAAGCUGUUGUAGAUAUGAUAUUAGAGACAAUAUAUUGGCUAGGUGAUUUGAUGGACAAAGAAAAUAUUUCAUCAAACAAUGUUGCAUCAACUUCUGAUUAUAAGUCUACAAAGCAGAAAGAUGCCAGUACUGCUGUCAAACGCCCCAAAACGUCUAUUCCUCUGCCUGAUUCAAUGAUUAUGAGUUCAACCAAACGUCAUAAGAAUUCACAUUCUAUGAUUUCUUUAAAAGAAGCAGUGUUCAAGAUGAAUGAAGUAAUAAAGAAUUUAGGUAAAGGAUCAAGAGAAAUGGCUUUUGAAACAGUACCACUAAGUGAUGCUUAUGGCAGAAUAAUGUACGAGAAAGAUAUCAAAUCUAUUUGUAAUGUACCACCAUUUAAAGCUUCCACUAAGCAUGGAUAUGCCGUACUGGCAACUGAUGGUAAAGGCUUAAGAAAAGUGCUAGAUGUAAAUGAUACGAUGUCACUUCAAUCUGGAACAUGCUUGUGGGUGAAAAGUGGAGCGCCAAUUCCCGAUGGAGCAACAGCGGUUGUACCAGUGAAGGAUACAAAGCUAGUGGAAAAAUCUGAAAACAGCGACGACACGUAUAUUGAGAUAAUGGUUGAACCACGAAAGGAACAAAAUAUUAAACCUACCGGUUACGAUUUGAAGAAAGGAAAAGUUCUCCGAAUUCCUCAAUUCACGCAUAUUGGCCCAAUGGAAAUCGGACUUUUGGCAGCUUCCGGUCGUAAAGAAGUCCAAGUCUUUAAAUAUAUACCCAGUAUAGGUGUGUUGUCUAUCGGCAAUUACUUAAAAGAACCUGGAGAACUUUUGACACCAGGAUUUAUGUAUGACGUUAACCGAAUAAGUCUAACUGCAUUAUUAAAAGAACAAGGUUUUGAUUCUUUGGAUUUUGGAAUAGUGGAAAAUAAAAUGCUGCCUAUACGGGGUAAGAUUGAUGAAGCAUUAAAGAAAGUAGACAUACUUGUGACAACAGGCUCGUCCAAUGAUAGAGAUUUAAUGAAAACUAUUUUAGAAAAAUAUUAUGAAGCCACUAUACAUUUUGGAAAUGUAAACAUAAAACCAGGAAAAUCGACGAUAUUUGCAACGUGCAAAAUUGAUGAUGCAGUUAAAUAUUUUUUAUGCUUCCCGGGAAAUCCAGUAUCUGCUCGCAUUGUCGCACAAAUAUUUCUUGUAACCCUUGUGAACGAUUUGCGCCACAAUUUAAGUGGGGAUUACAAUGUUGUAGUACACCCAAUUAAAAUGAAACAUCAAUACGUCUUGCAUAAUCGUCCUAGAAUCGCAUGGGCGAUUUUGGAGUGGGAUGUGGAAGAAGCACAUGCCAUGGCUUACAGCAAAGGAAAUAUCAUCAGUGACAAGUUAAUUACUGCUGUAGGGGCCAAUGCACUAUUAUUACUGCCAGAAAAAGAGACAGGAGGUUUAUCUGAAUCAAAUACAAGGGCUUUACUUGUCAAGUUUCCUAAAAGAUUCAAUGAAAAAAAUUAUUUGAAUCUCUCUGAGGAUAACGAGACUAAUAAACCUAAAGUCGUAAUAAAACGUAAAAAAAGUAUCUGACAACACACUUUUACACAUAUUUUAACUUAUAUACAUAUUUUCUAGAUCUAAUAUUAAAUAAUUAUAACUGAUAAAAAGAUUUUCAUGUAUUCCAUUGUUUUACAGUGAUUUUUCUUAGUGAAGAUGUUAAAGGUUGUCAUUGAACUUAAAUGUAUUUUAAUUGUUUGAUCAUAAAUAUAACUACUAAUAAACAUUUUAUUGGGAUGCA